AUGUCUCGUAUGUUCUUCAUCUUUGAAGCUCAAACCUUUAUUGUCACUAAGAUCCGCAAUAUAGACAUCCAUAUGCCUCGUCACGAGGACUUUCUUCCCUACUCAAUUAUAGAUGAGCAGGAGACACGCAGCAACUGCUCCGUGGGGUCGCUUCAGCGCCCUUCAGACUCGAAUAUAGUUGGUGAGGAAGGAAAGGGAACACUGAGCCGCCUCCAGUGUUGGUUUAUCGCUAUUUUUACCCUGAUCGUGGCAUUUGUUGUUGGGGCUUUAAUCUACGGGAUAUGUACCUACAGAAAUUCGGCCACCCUCAUUCAUAGCGCAAAUGUCGCUAAUGUCACGAACGUCCGCCGUGAUGAGAUACCAGUCGCCACCAUCUUGCCGCUACCACCUGUAGAUGUAUCUUCCGGCGAGAUCUUGCCUGAUGCUGAUGUUACAUCCGAUAUUGAACUUGCUUCUAAUGUUGAUACAUCUGAUGCUGACCUUGAUAACCCUACGACAAAUUUGAAGCCCCCAGGCAAAGGCAGUUGCGAGUAUGAUGCUCAUUGCAACUGGGGCCAAGUCUGUCACAGGAGACGGUGCGCUGUUGGAUGUCGCAGUCACAAAGACUGCCUUCCUCGUUACAACUGUCAGCGUAUUGGUAAGGGCGGAAGGCGGAAGUUCUGUCUUAUCCAGGAUGGAGUUACUUGUCAGGAAUAUUUGGGUCCUUGCCUGACGGAUGACGAUUGUUGCUCUGGUAGUUGUCAGCAAUGGAGAGGAGGAAAGAUCUGUGGGCUGUUGCUGGGUUGA